UUCUGUCUGACAUGCACAUGCCGCUCUGCCUGAAAAGGCGGCGAGCGAGCCGAGAGGCAGGCAAAGCGAGGCGACAGGGCGCCGGCAACGCUCAGCUCCAGAGGGGGAAAGCCGCGCAAAGCCCAGGAGGAGGAAGGAGCAGCAGCAGGAGCAAGGCGGCGGCGGCUUGGAGCAAAACUCGCGCGCCCCAGCCGGGGGAUUUCUGCAUCUGGAAGGCGGCGGCGGCUGCAACAGCAAUAGCAACAGCAAGCAGCACUUCCCGGCGCUGCAUCCGGAAAACGCCUCUAGCGUGAAACUGACCACCACCAGCAGCCCUUGAGCGCAAAGGGGCAGCAGGCGGGCGAGGAGGGACAAGGGACAUCGCCGGACUCCGGGGCUUGGGAAGCAGCAGCAGCAACAGCAGCAUUCGCGAGACCCGUUGCCAUCUCGCUCCGGAUUGUGUGCGUGUGGACGUCCAUCUGAGGCUGAGCCCGGCUGCUGGCGAUGCCCAGGCGGCACCUCUCUGUCGGCGGCUCGGCUCGGAGAGCGUUGGCAGCGACGCCGUGCUAAAGGGAACGCCACUUUGAAGAACUGGCGCGCUCUCCCUCUCCUGCGUAAAGGCGUGCGCGCGUCUCCGCCUUGAUCCCCAGCGCCGUGUGUGCCAUUCGGGCGGGUGCGCGCGGCUUCCCGAGCAGCUGCCUGCGCCUCCUUCCUCUGGCGAAUGUGAGGAGUUUCCCUUCGGCGUCCUGAUCCUUUUUGGAAGUGGGUUUUGCGUGCGCGCGUGUGUGUGUUUAAAUCGGCGAGCGGCGCGGAGGGAGCACCGAAGGGGACUCGAAGUCUUGGCGAAGGGGAGUCUGCGUCUCGGUGGCCCCACGGAGAGGAAGAGGACGAGAAGGGAGUUGCGAAGGAAACACCUCGCUACCCCCCCCAAUCCACCCGCGUCGCCGAGCCCACGCCGCUUGGGAGGAAUCGCCCUUCUGCCGCCAAGCAUUUCCUCCCCAAAAUGGAUACGUUUCCUCUCCUCUGGGCACUUCUGCUUCUGCACCUGGUCGGAUCUGGAGUCACGGGGCAAGCAGCGCAACCAUGUGGGGGCCGCCUGAAUUCCAAAGAUGCUGGCUAUGUGACUUCACCUGGGUACCCGCAAGACUACCCCUCCCACCAGAACUGUGAGUGGAUCAUUUACGCUCCGGAGCCCAACCAGAAGAUUUUCCUGAACUUCAACCCUCACUUUGAAAUUGAGAAACAUGACUGCAAAUACGAUUUUAUUGAGAUACGGGAUGGAGACAGUGAAUCAGCUGACCUUCUGGGCAAGCACUGUGGGAACAUUGCUCCGCCUACCAUCACGUCAUCAGGCCCUUCUCUCUAUAUUAAAUUCACCUCAGACUAUGCACGCCAAGGUGCUGGCUUCUCUCUACGCUAUGAGAUCUACAAGACAGGCUCUGAAGAUUGUUCCAGAAACUUCACCACUUCGAACGGUACUAUUGAAUCCCCAGGAUUUCCUGAUAAGUAUCCUCACAAUUUGGACUGUGCCUUCACCAUCAUGGCCAAGCCAAAGAUGGAGAUCAUCCUUCAGUUUUUAACCUUUGACCUGGAGCACGACCCCUUGCAAGUCGGGGAGGGGGAUUGCAAGUAUGAUUGGCUGGACAUCUGGGACGGUAUUCCUCAAGUUGGCCCCUUGAUUGGCAGGUACUGUGGAACUAAAACUCCUUCGGAUAUCCACUCGACUACUGGCAUCUUGUCACUCACGUUCCACACAGAUUUGGCAGUGGCCAAGGAUGGUUUCUCUGCUCGCUAUUACUUAGUUCCGCAGGAGGUGCCAGAGAACUUUCAGUGCAACAGCCCGUUGGGGAUGGAAUCCGGCCGAAUCUCCAACGAGCAGAUCACGGCCUCCUCUACUUACUCGGACGGCAGGUGGACCCCACAGCAGAGCCGGCUCAAUAGUGAUGACAAUGGGUGGACUCCGAAUGUAGAUAACAACAAGGAAUUCCUGCAGGUGGACCUCCGCUUUCUGACUGUGCUGACGGCCAUUGCUACUCAGGGUGCCAUCUCCAGGGAAACCCAGAACGGCUACUAUGUCCGGUCAUACAAACUGGAGGUCAGCACAAAUGGGGAGGACUGGAUGAUGUACCGCCAUGGGAAAAAUCACAAGGUAUUCCAGGCUAACACCGAUGCCUCGGAAGUGGUUCUGAACAAGAUCCAUGCUCCAGUGCUGACUCGGUUUGUGAGGAUCCGCCCCCAGGUUUGGCACAGCGGAAUUGCACUCCGGUUGGAACUGUAUGGCUGCCGGAUCACAGAUUCACCCUGUUCCAACAUGCUGGGGAUGCUUUCGGGGCUCAUCCCAGACGCCCAGAUCUCAGCCUCCUCUACCCGAGAGUAUCACUGGGUCCCCAGCGCAGCGCGCCUGGUCAGCAGCCGUUCGGGGUGGUUCCCUCGCAUCCCUCAAGCACAGCCCGGGGAGGAGUGGCUGCAGGUAGACCUGGGGGUCCCCAAGAAUGUGAAAGGCGUGAUUAUCCAGGGGGCCCGAGGUGGGGACAGCAUCAGCGUGGCAGAGGCUCGAGCCUUCGUGAAGAAGUUCAAAGUGAGCUACAGCAUGAACGGGAAGGACUGGGAGUCUAUACAGGACUCCAAAACGAUGCAGCCCAAGAUUUUUGAAGGAAACAUGCACUAUGAUACCCCAGAGGUUCGAAGGUUUGAUCCUGUUCCUGCACAGUACAUCAGGGUUCACCCAGAGAGGUGGUCUCCCGCAGGGAUCGGGAUGCGAUUGGAGGUGCUCGGUUGUGAUUGGACUGAUGUCAAGUCCACCGCAGAGACUCUGAAGCCCACCUUGAGGAGCGAGGAGACCACCACUCAGUUCCCCACAGAUGAAGAAGCAACCGACUGCGGCGAGGGCUGUUUGGAGAACGCAGAUUUCCAGAUCCCUGUGGGGUUCAACUGCAACUUUGAUCUUCCUGGAGAUAUUUGUGGUUGGACUCACGAUACAUCGACAGGAUUUACAUGGAUUUCUCAUUCGAGAAACACCUGGACUGGCCAUUCAGGACCAGGCAUUGGGGCCUAUCCGGAUGGCAAGAACUAUUUGAGACUGCAGAGCAGUGCGAGGAGAGAAAAGCAACACGCCCGUCUCAUUAGCCCGAGGGUCUUCUUGCCCAGAAGUGCCGUGUGCAUGGUAUUCCGAUACCAGGUAUCCGGCCUCGGAGCGAUGCUGCAGGUCCGCCGGGAAGCCAUGCAUGAGAUCAAGCCACUGUGGAUCAUCCGGGAAGACCAAGGGGACGAGUGGAGAGAAGGCCGGAUCCUUCUGCCCAGCUACGAUAUGGCAUAUCAGAUUGUGUUCGAGGGAAUUAUAAGCAAAGGACAUUCGGGUGAGGUUGCCAUCGAUGAUGUCCAGAUAGGCACCGAUACCUCCUUGGAGAACUGUAUGGAACCCAUCGCGGCUUUCCCCGGAGAACACACAUUUGAAAUUUCAGUCGAUUUCCCAGCUUUAGAGGAUGACAUUUCAAUCAACGGGGAAGACUUUGGAGAAGACUCUGAAGAUGACUACUUAGGCCUGGAGAAGAACAACAACACGCUGUUUUCAACAAACUCUCCAAUCAUCCCAAAGAUGGGCAAAGAGAAGAGCUGGCUGUACACUCUGGACCCAAUCCUGGUCACCAUCAUAGCCAUGAGUUCCCUUGGCGUGCUCCUCGGGGCGAUUUGUGCGGGUUUACUUCUGUACUGCACGUGUUCCUACACCGGCCUGUCCUCUCGGAGCUCCACCACCCUGGAGAACUACAACUUCGAGCUUUAUGACGGCAUCAAGCACAAGGUCAAAAUGAACCACCAAAAGUGCUGCUCUGAGGCAUGACUGAUUGCACCAGAAUCACAUUUGACAUUUCAUUCCAGCAGAAGUGGCUGGUGAAGAUUACUUUUUAUAUGGGAGCUGAAUGCCAUAAUCUUACACGAAGCCGGAGCUGGAAAGUGGGGAGGAGUCACGGACAGCCCUGCUGUUUCAAAAAGGAGGAGGAAACGAGGAGGAGGAGGACGGUGUAAACUUUCUUUUUUCCAGGGGGAAGGAUUACCGUCGGAGAGAACGACGGCUUAUUGUUCUCAUGAUAAGAACCAGGUUGGGGCAGGCUAAGGAGCUGCCAUGCUUAUUGUUAUGUCUUAUUCAAGUGAAUCAAAUCCAGAAGAGUCGAAACGUUUGGUUAGCAUUUAGGAAGUGAGAAACAGAAUGUUGAACGUUAUUUUCCACUUCUUUUCCCCUAACAGGAUAGUUGAGAAUACUCCAGAGAGUUUCUCCCCGCCCUACCCUCUCCCCCCAACCCAAACCAACCCCGGUUCCUCUUUCGGUGGCCAGGCUAAUCUUUAAAAAUUACACACAACCACACAUGCAAGCCUAAACACCCCCCCCCAAAAAAAAAUAUUCAGCUUAUCGCCAUUCAGAAAGGCUCCUUGAUUUUAAGGGAUUUGUUCUUGUCGGUAAUACAAGCCCAGCAAGCUGCAGUUUAUAGACACACACACACACACACCCCAAAAAAAGAAAGUAUGUUGUUGCCUUUACCUUUUUCUGAUCGGGAAUUAGGCUUGCGGGUCAAUGGGAGCAGGAGUGCUUUCUUCCCAGAUUACAAAGCAAAAGAGAAAGGCAGCCUGAGGUGCGAAAUUCGACAGAGGUGCCUCCUCGAGAGAAGCUGAAGAGCCUUAAAGUGAUUUGCAAAUAAGAGCCAUUUAUUAAAUCCAGAGCUUGGAUUGAAACAGCGGAGGCCUUCAUCAUAAGGGCUGUCUUUUACUUUUCUUUCGGUCCUCUCCCCCCCCAACCUGCACUUCCCUUUAUAAUCCCAUUCCUUUUAUUAUAAGAAAAUUGCAGCAAACAAAAGACACAAUUAUAAGAUGCCCGAGAACUCAGGAGAUGGCUUUUUCUAUGCUUCGAGAGGAGGACAGGCUGCUAUAUAUAUAUUUUUGUUAAUGCUGUGACCACUCUGACGGGGGAGGGGGAGGAAUGGAGUUAAAGGGAGGGGGGGAGGAAUACAGCGAUCCAGCCCCCGAUGGAGAGUGGCAAGGAUACCUCCUUCCUCUUAGCAGGCAUGAUUUAAGUUUCUUCUUUUGCUAGUACUAAGGGCUUCAUUCUGCAAAGACGCCUGGCCACUUGUCACCGAUAAAGGGAGUUGUGGUCUAACAACAUCCCGACAGCGACAGAUUUUCCCCACCUCUGAGUGGCGCUGCCUUUGAGCACAUGCCUGGUUGGCGUGACCCUGGUGCUUUCUGCCUGGCCAAGGCAUCACUUCUUUGCAGAGUUAGGCCUUUGGGUAGGAAGCAACCAUUGCGAUCCUUUGCAGGGUAUCAAGUCUCAUCUGAUAUUCCAGUGCGGUUGUCGGGGAAACAGGAAAAAGGCCUGGACCACCUUCCUAUCCCUUCAGAACAGUGCAACUUGCUCCCUAGUGAUUUGCAAGGCAAAUGGUUUGUUUCCGAAGGGUUUUGUGUUCGUAUGUGUGUGUAUCUUUUUUUAAUCAAGUGCCUUAGAAAAAUAUUUUUCCCUUUACUUAGAGGUGUGUGCUGUAUCAAAAUACAAGGGAGGCAUCCCCCCCUUUCCCCUGUUCCUCUUCCUUUUCAUCCUCACGAUCAUAAUCUUCUUCUUCAUCAUCAUCAUCAUCGUGGUCCUUGGAUCUCUACUGGGUAGAGUUUUGUCCUUUCAAGUGGUCCAAUAUAUUUCUAAUGCUGUCAUGCCUGAGGUGUGUCGCAAACCAGUAAAAGAGAAGUUUACAAAUGCUAAGUUUUGAUCUCCGAUGCCUCUUGUUUCAGCUCUUGUUUCAGACAUCUUCAAGCGACUUCUUUUUUUUAAGGAGAAAUCCAAGUGGCUGCUAUGUAGGAAGGAUCUCCAGACUCAGCGGGUGGGGAUCCGCAGCAGAAAUUUCAGAAAUCUGCUGUGGGGUCAACGCCCGACAGUAAACAUGCAUGCCAGGAUAACGUUGCUGGGGUGCUGGCGCAAUAGCAUGUUUUGUGACGUUGUGCUAGCAAAGCUGUUGAAAUGCAGUCUUCUAGGCACAUAAUGCAGCGGUCAGCAAGCACUGGGGCCCAGUUCAAAUGUUUCGCUUCUUAGGUGUGCAUCCUGCCAUGUGCACGCCAGAUAGCAAACAGGAUUUGCUUGCCGCAUAACAUGUGAAAUGGCCCUCGGAGCAGCUUUGGCAUGCACGCUUAUCUUUGCAGAAUGAACAGAGCUUUUGGCAUAUGCGAUGCUUCUUUACUUAGGUAUACAAGUGGACAAGCAAAGCACUUAUUUGCAGGGACGUGCCAACGCCACAAUCCAGAACAGAGUUGGGUUUCCUUGAACUCAAAUGUUUCCACAGCGCAUUUAAUUCUGUGGCAGACCCUGGGCCUUAAAACUGUGUUUUUUCAUACCGUGCUCUGGGGAGCCGCCAGGAUUCCCUGGAAGUUUUGCAGGAGUUAUUUUAAUACAUCAGUAACACCUGUUGACACACAUUCCCUCCCCCCAAAAAAAACAACUGGGUCUACUGCUGCAAAUCUUUCCGAAACUGCACUGCAACAUUGGGAAGCCUUGGGUUUUGUCUUAGAUCACAUGCGCGCAGUUCAAGCAAGGAAACCAACCCAAAGCCAGCAUCUCUUGCGAACUGUGUGCAUGCUUUAAAAAUCAGGCCUCGAGAUUCAGUGCAGGAGUUCUGUGGCUGGUGCUCAAGGGCUUUCUUGAUGUGGAAGUUUCCCUGGUGGUAGGAAGUUUGAAAAACACUGCCUUUCCAGCAGUCUGGAUGCAGCACCAUAAAAAGUCCCCUUUUCAUAGAGGAUUCCUGUGUCUUUCCGGCAUAUUCCACAUCCAAACUUUUCUCCCCUUCCCCCCUAAUUUCAAGAGAAAUGCAGAGAGUAAUGUUACAGGGUCAUUUUGCAGACCAGAUUGCUGCUACGGUCAUUCAAGAAAGGGGCCUGAGCCGGCCAAAGUUAGCCGCUUUCUUUCGGUCCCAUUGAUUUCAAUGGGAGAGAGAAGCACGUGCUAAAAACUCUGGCAGGAUUGUGCCCCCCCCCCUCAGAUUUUUAUUUCUCUUAUAUUUGUAUGAAGGAGGACAGGCUGUAUCUGUGAAGGUCACCUGACAGGAGUUAUAGAUAUAUUAAAAGGUAGAGUCGCUGUCUGUAGUAGACAUGCAGAGAGUGAGAGUUCGUGUAUACAUAUAUUUCAACGCAUAUGUGUUUGCGCGUGCUUGUGAGUUCUCUGUAUGCGUUAUGUAUGUGCGUGGUUACGUGGGACUACUUGUACCUUUAAAUCGGCGGCCAGAGGAUGCUACUGACCUUGGCACGAAUGCAGCGGGGGGAGUUUUAGUGCAAACUGCGUAGUAACGAAACCAGCUCCCUCUUAGAGAGUCCCAUACUUUUGUAUUCCAUGUUGGUUGGUACAGGGGCUUGGCUGCGUGCACUCAGUGAGCAGAAUCAGGCCACAAUGCUGCAGAGCUGAUACCUCACUUACCUCUCUGCUGGGUGCUUUACUGUUCUAAUGCAGAAAACUUGACUGAUUGUAUUUUUAACAGGGCAAGGAAGGAAAAACAGUGCAUACAUUCAUGUCAAAUACAUCUUCACCUGCAAAAUAAUAAUAAUAAAAAUGUGUUAUAUUUGCUGAUCCAUGUUCUUUGGCAAUUCCCCGCCUUUCCAAAGUGCACAGAGGAGAAAAAAAGAAGAAGUCCAAUCCUGCGUUACCAAUGCCUUUGUUGAAAUAGGUGUUAACUCCCCACCCCCUCGAAGGCAUCUUUGUUGUGGCUGACAGGAGGGGGGGCUUUAGUGUAGCUGAUCCUUGCUUUUGCAGGGAGGUGUUGACAAGGGAGCAUGGGGAUAAAGAAAAAGAAAAAAAGAAAACCAACACCAUUGGAAAAAAUGGUAUGCAGGGAUAACAGAAUUUCUCACAUUUUACCAGCUCAAGGUAGUUUGACCAUUUACUGGCUGAGCCAGAUCAUGUGGACUUUAAAGCUUUUACUGUGAUUCUUCAGUGUUUAAGGAAAGACAAACUCAAACUGUGUUUCUAUUAUUUGUAUAAAAGCCUUUUAAAAGUACUAUUUAAUAAACAUUACAGUAGAUCUU